AUGUCAACUCCUGCGCCGUCGCCUGACUCACCGUCGCCACCCGAAAAAGCGCGUAAGACCGCUUUCUCCGUUCGCAACAGUUUGUGGCUUGUCGUGGCUUUACUUGCCAUUGCAGUGGCCACGUUCGUGCGUAAUCCAAAGCUUUUGGUGCGACACCAUGUGCUGGAGACCCCCUUGCCUGAUGCAGUGAAUUGCACGGAUGCUCAUCAAUUCUUGACGGAUGUCAUGCCGAUCAAAGGAUUCCACGUACUUUGCAUUGAAACGACGACGACCGACACGCUGAAGGUAACGAGCUUUAAAGACGGGAUGCAUGCAAAUGAGUCAUUAGAGACGACAAAAGACAUUGAAACGUUUUCGUACGCAGUAGAAGAAGAACUGCUGCAGAUUUCCAAGCCAAGCGAUGAGUAUGGUCAAAAAUACAAGCAACCAUCCGCGUAUUUCACUCCGGACGGAGUGAGACUGGAAAAGAACGUCACUGCGCUAGAGAAUCAAAUCGUGUUUCUAUUCGAAGGCGGCCAGUUCAUUUGGCCAGGUGUACGUAUUGGCCACAAAAGGAUCGUAGAAAACACAUAUGGACGUGGCGAUCUCGUACUCGAGACGAUCAGCAUGACGCCACUUGUAUUCAGCGUCGAGGAUUUCCUCCUGGACGACGAGAUUGAUAUCAUUCUUGACUUGUCCAUGCCGCACUUAGCGCCGUCGGACGUCGCGUUGCAAGAUGGCCACGAAAAUAGACCGUCUACGGAAUGGCGCACGAGCACGACGUACUGGUUAGAUUCAUCGAGUCAUUCAGUGGUGCAAGACAUCGACAAACGCACAGCCGACCUUGUUAAAGUGCCUUCAAGCCACCAAGAGACCGUUCAAGUGCUGCGCUAUGAGCGCACCCAGCACUACGACCUGCAUCUGGACUACUUCUCUCCUAAACACUAUCAAAAUUCUCCAGACAUGCUGAUGUCAAUCGAGCACGGCUACAAGAACCGCAUGAUCACGGUGUUCUGGUACAUGUCGGACGUGGCCAAAGGCGGACACACCAACUUUGCUCGUUCUGGUGGUCUACCCCAUCCUCCGACUAUGAAGGGCUGUCCCCAAGGCAUGAACGUCGCUCCGAAGAAGCGUAAGGUGAUUGUAUUCUACAGCAUGCUGCCAAAUGGUGAAGGCGACCCAAUGAGUCUGCAUGGAGGCUGUCCUGUCGAAGAGGGUAUCAAGCUGUCGGGCAACAAGUGGAUCUGGAACAAGCCGUACAGCGAUGGCAAGUAG